AUGAAGGGCAUUCUCGGCUACACAGAGGAGGCUGUGGUGUCGAGCGACUUUAUCGGCGACUCGCACUCGUCGAUCUUUGAUGCCGAGGCCGGUAUUGCCCUGACAGAUGACUUCGUGAAGCUUGUGUCGUGGUAUGACAAUGAGUGGGGAUACAGCUCGCGUGUGCUGGACCUGAUUGAGCACAUGGUUAAGAACGACAUGGAGGUGGCGGGCAAUUACCAUUAG